AUGAAUAAAAAAAUUUUUAAUCAUUUAAAAGAACCACGUCUAAAAUUACCGGAUAAAUUUUAUAAUGGAUAUGGAUAUAGUACGUAUCAUAAUGUUGGCGAUGUCAGUUACAUCCGAUGUUUUGAACGUAAUUCUUACAGUUGUGGUGCACAUGGAAAAUUUGUAAAUAACAAACCUCAAUUAACAGAAGGCCAUAAUCACGAAGCAGAUCCUAAGUUGCAUCUGUACAACAGCUUUCAACAAGAUUUAUUCAAAGCUACACUUGCACGCCCCUUUCAAUCUUUCCGACUUAUUUAUGAUCACCUGAGUAUAUUGCAUUAUGAAGCUGCUGUAAAAUAUACUUGGGCCAAAAUGAAACCACUUAUGGAAAGUUGGCGCCGCCGUAACCAGCCUCGUAAUCCACCAACACCUCACAAUUUACAGCAGUACUCAGAAUUAUUGAGCAUGCCUGAAUGGUCACAUUUGCUGACAUAUCCGCAAGGUCAACUAAGAGCUACAACUCUUCGCGCAUCUGACGGCAGUUUAUUAACAAUGCUUUGUAAUUCUGACUUUUUGAGAUUGGUGGAUUCAUCUAUGCUCUUUAUGGAUGCGACUUUCCGAAUCACUUCAAGGAAGCCAAAAGUUUAUCAAGUUUUUACAAUUCUAGGUUUAAUAAACGACCGUCAGGCUUUACCAUUAUGCUGGGUGCUGAUGACCAGGAAAACCACCGCUGCAUAUCGAACUGCACUGUCACAUUUUAAAAAUCAAUUAGCACCCCAUAUAAAUCCAGAAACGAUCAUGACUGAUUUUGAGAUAGCAGAAGAUAUCGCUAUCAAAGACGUAUUUCCAGAAGCUAUCCAUAUUGGUUGCUUUUUCCACUAUUGUCAAGCACUAACAAAAAGAUUGGAAAAGUUGGGAUUAAUGGAAUUAGUUAGUAAUUGGAAAUACGGAAGGAUAUUGAUUAGAAAAAUGAUGGCGUUGGCUUUAUUGCCAUCAAUUGAAGCAUUGGAAGGAUAUCAGUGGAUAAUGAGAAAUAUCCCUGAGAAUAUUAAAGUAUUGUUCGGAAGCUUUUUUUCGUAUUAUCAUGACCAAUGGAUUAAAAAAACUCCACCAGAAUUGUGGAGCAUUUACGGCCAUCUUCACCGAACCAAUAACCUCGCUGAAAGUUAUCAUAAAAAAAUCAAUCUACGAUUUGGUACUCAUCCUCCGAUUUGGAAGUUUACAGAGAGUUUGAAGACAUUACAAGCUGUUACUCACAUUGAGUAUCUAUCAUUACGCAAUGGUGAGAAUAUUGUGAGACAAGCUCCUCAGCCUUAUGAGAAUGAGAUGGACAUAAAGAUUUUAAAAGCCUGGCAACUACUUAAUAACAAGACCUUAGAUGUUCCGCAUUUUUUGGCUUGUGCGAGCAAAUUUCUAAAAGCUUUCCAACGGGGUGUCACUCAAAAUUUAGAGGAUGAAAAUUUUGCUGGCCAGAAAAUAAACGUGCCUGGCAAUAAUGGUGGUAUUAUUGACGGUAAUUUUGAUCAUCUCUUAAUAUUUCAAGAGCUGGAUAUAAUGCAAGAUUAUUGA